UACAAAAAUUCCCCUGUUCUCCUUCAUAAUAGUUUCUCUCUAACACCUCUUCUCCUUUUUUUCAUUUUCAUUGCUAUCUUCUCUUCUCUUGUCUUCUUAAAAUAAAUCAAAUUCUUACAGACAUAUAAAAUACAAUUGUCAAUUUAAUGAAUUUGUGAUAAGCAACCGUUAUCAAGCGAUAAUAAAUUUGCGACAAUAGCUCAUUACAAAUGAAAACCUGACUGUUAUGUGAAUGUAACAGGUAAAUCAUACAAGUUUUCAGUAGACAACUUUGUACCUAGACUAGACACAUUGUGUUUUGUGAAUUAAAAAUGGCAGAAAAUCUUGGUAAACGACCUUCCAAAGGCAUUCUUAAAACAUCCAGUAGUUUUGAUAAUCAGGAAGCACCCAGUAGAGCAACAAAAGAAACAAAAUGGGAUGAAAUGAAUAUUAUAGCAACACUACAUCCAGCAGAUAAAGAUUAUGGCCAUAUGAAAAUUGAAGAACCAAAAACUCCUUAUAAUUUUGAAGGUGUUCAACAUGAAGAUGAUCACUUGGACUCUUCAGCAGUUGCAUCAAAGUUGGCUAAAAAUACAAAGCCAAAAAUAUUUGAAGAAUCAAGUGAAGAAGAAGAAGAUGAAGAAACACCAGAAGAGAAAGAAAAAAGAAAAGCUUUUGAAGCAAAAAGGAAGUGUCAUUAUCGAGAAUGGGAAGCUGUACAACUUGCUCGCAAAAAGCUCUUAGAAGAAGAUGAGGAUGAAGAUGAGGAUGAAGAUAUAAGUAAUGAGAGAGAACAAGAGGAAGCAGAAACAGAGAAAGAAGAUAAAUCAGAAGGACUGAUGGAAUCAAAUAAUAAACAAGAGGACAGAAAUCAUGAAACUCAAAACAAAAAAAAUUGUAAUGCGAAGUUUAAACAGACCGGAGCCAGUCACAAAAAUGGUUGUUGUGCAUGUGUAAAGAAGAAAUUCAAGAAAUAACGAAAAAAUUGUAUAAGAAUUAAUGAUGUG